GGGACAUUUACUCGUCCGCCAAUCGCUACCAGCCCGGGAAGUCCAUUUCCCAGCACCCGGGACCGUAUAAAUGCUGGCGCGCCACUGCUGAUUGGAGCGCCUGCAGUUAGGUACGGAUUCGUUACCCGCAGUCGAGUGACGACAGGGCAACAUCGCAGUUUGACAAUCCACCCAACAUCUGGCCCUCAGUCAUAGCGUCGACGAUCCACCGGUCCCAGACUCCCAGUUUCCGAGACUGCCACCGUGACUUCCUAGACGGGCCGACGCUGAUACAGUAGUCGGAAUUCCAAAGACGGGGUAGGGCAGUGCAUUUAAAGGAGAAACGGCCGCCCAUUGUCGAUUUGCCAAAAGGGUUCAACCCCUCACCUCUUUCCACCCACCCAUCCGUUUGACAACCUCCCCCUCUUGUUCCAGGUUGUGGACCUAGAAAUUCUUCAUCAUGCCCAACAUGAAUGCCGCCCUGAAGGCGCUGUUCUUUGCCUUGGUCCAAUUGCGAGCCGCCGAAGCUCUGGACAAUGGAAUCGGCCGGAAACCUCAUAUGGGCUGGAGCAGCUGGAAUGUUGCCCAGUGUGAUUCCGCGUCCGCCACUUAUGCAAUCGACACAGCGAACAAGUUCAUCUCCCUUGGCCUCAAGGACCUCGGGUAUGAGUACGUCAACAUUGAUGAUUGCUGGACUACCCGGUCACGGGACGGAAGCGGAAAGCUUGUGCCCGAUCCCAGCAAGUGGCCCGAUGGCAUCAAACCGGUCGUCGACCAAAUCCAUGAGAUGGGCCUGAAGUUUGGGCUCUACGGUUGCGCCGGCCAGCAGACCUGCGCUGGCUUCCCCGGGAGCGAUGGCGCGGUGCACGCUGCGUCGGACGUCUCUCAGCUGGCCGGCUGGGGCGUUGACUUCUGGAAGUACGAUAACUGCUUCACGCCUUGCCUCGAUAACCCGCCCCCGCAGACCUGCGGCAGGCCCGCUGGCAACACCAAGACUUGGUAUGCCCCCAUGCGGGACGCUAUCCUUGACGUCCAGGAGACGAACAAGAUUCACUUUAACCUCUGCAACUGGGGGCGCGAUGAGGUCUGGACAUGGGGCGCUGAAUACGGGCACUCCUGGAGAAUGAGCACAGACAACUGGGGCGACUGGGCCAGCGUCGAGCGCAUCGGCAGCUCAGCAGCCGCCAUCUCCGACUACAGCGGGCCCGGCGGCUUCAACGACCUCGAUAUGCUGUACCUCGGGUCAUCCAAGAUCAACGCCGACCAGGAGCGCCUCCACUUCGGCCUCUGGGCCAUCGCCAAGUCCCCGCUGGUCCUCGGCCUCGACCUGAACAAGAUUUCGGACUGGACCCUCGACAUCAUCAAAAACAAGGGCAUCAUCGACAUCAACCAGGACUCCCUCGGCAAGGCCGCCACAACCUUUACCCCCCCUGGCAGCCAGGGCCCGGUCAACGGGAAGAUCCACCCGUACUGGGCAGGCCCUCUCAGCGACGGCGUCGUCAUCGGUCUCUGCGCCGGCACCUCGGGCGGCAAGUACGGUGUCAGCUUCAAGGAUGUGCCGGGCCUGGUGGACGGCGAGUACUCGUGGGAGGAAAUGUACACGGGCGAGACGGGGACCGGGUCGAGCAUCGAGUUCGAUAUCAAGCUUCAUGACAUGCGCGUUAUCAAGGUGACCACGGCUGGUGCUAAGGUUCGGGGUAAGGGCCGCGGUAAGGCUCGGAUUGAUCCGUCGCUUUGAGCUGGUCUAUCACGAUGGAGCUGUGUCAGGGUUGCAUUAGCUAAGAAGUUGCGUCUGUCUAAAGCUGCAUAAAUUACGGAUGCGAGGGGUGGGAUCCAUGCUCAGGCUUGUCCUCAGCUCCAAGCCGUUGCGUGUCCGUGUGCUGAUCAGGCCUUCUUUGUGGGCAAGGGACAAAUUCCGGAUGCUGUGUCAAAGGCCCGUCUUUGUUACCUGUUUUGGUGACGCGACCCGAGAAAGGCUAUUUGCAAAUCCCUCCUGACAGUCCUGUGCGUGUCAUAUAUAACCCCCAUCCUCUCCGAGACGCCUGUCCCAAUGACGGACAACCGGCGUAUCAUCUUUAAAGGGCUAUUAAAAGUCUCUCCAGCCACACA